GGUAGGUCCCUACAAGGGACGAGACGCCAAACAAUGAAGACAGCAUCGGGAACUCUCUUAUUUUUGCUGCUGUUCACGCGCGUUUCUAGUCAAAUUACAGAAAUACAGAGAGAUUCCAGAAUUUAUGCUUUCAAUGUGAACUCAAAUCUUUCAUUCGUUGGACAUGAGUUUCGGAACCACCAGAUUUCCAACUUCUCGACAAAGUUCAUGGCUACUCAGUGUGCAUUGGAGUGCCACAGAACUGCGCGGUGUCAGUCGUUCAACUUUGCGUCCAAGACCCGACAGUGUCAUCUAAACGAUGCCACUCACGAGGAUUUUCCUGAGGACCUGGCUAACGACUCCAGCACGACCGGAACAGUAUAUUACCUUAAGGAAGCCAUUUCCAUCAACCCGGAUGCAAUUGGGCCUUGCGGUAACCAUCCCUGUAAAAAUGGCGGCCGUUGCCUAGAUACGAUUUCUGCUGUUUCCGGGAACAGAACAUUUUUCUGCUUGUGUCAGAAUGGAUGGAAAGGAGACAUAUGUGACAUCAAAGAGGAAAGUUUAGGCUGGGCUCAAUGGGUUGAGUGGUCACAAUGUUCUACCACCUGUGGCAAUGGCUACCAUAUCAGACAACGAAAAUGCAAAAACUUAGACAGUGGGGUGGAUCUCGCCUCCUCUCAGUGUUACGGGCGGGACACUGAGUACAAGGCCUGUCAAUUCAGGAAAUGUCCGAGGUGGAAUGAGUGGGGAGUAUGGGGUGAGUGUUCGACCCUCAAUUUCUGUGGCAAAGGUUCUCGCUCACGCACACGCACAUGUGGGAAUGGAGGAAGACCCGGAGUUGAUCGAUAUUGCCUUGGACCUUUCAACGAAACAAUGGCUUGUGAUUCAGUUCCGUGCAAUGGAAUGGUACGCCUAAGGGACGGAGAAAAAUUCGGAGAGGGCCGGGUGGAGAUGUACCACAGUCAUUCCAAGAUAUGGAUGCAGGUUUGUGGAGAGAAGUGGACCCAACGGUCAGCUGACACGGCUUGUAAACAGCGGGGCUUCUUGGGGGCACACAAAGUUUUGACUAACGGCGAGUACGGCAAAUCCGACAGUUUAGAUGUUGUUUCCUUGGAGUGUACCGGAAGUGAAUCGUUUCUCCACCAAUGUCUGCGAGUGAGAGCGGACCAGUGCUCAGUAAUGGCCGGGGUUCAAUGCAUGGUACGCGGUGCAUGGAGUUUGUGGUCCUCUUGGGGAAACUGUUCGGUCACGUGUGAGAACGGAACUCGCACGCGCACGCGUGUCUGUAACCACCCUCCGCCAAAUUUUGGUGGCCGGGAGUGUCCCGAUACCGACAUUGAAUAUAAGCCAUGUACAAUGAUAAUGUGCCCAGUGGAUGGUAUCUGGCGAGAAUGGUCCACUUGGUCUGAAUGCUCCGUAUCCUGCGCCAAUGGAACCAAGUAUCGAACACGUUCCUGUCUUGGACCAUUCCACGAGGGACAGAAUUGUUCAGGAGACUACAGAGAAACAACAGAUUGCUUUCCAAAAGAGUGUCCAGUUGACGGUGUGUGGAAUGGAUGGAUGCAGUGGAGUGAAUGCACCGUGUCUUGUGGUUACGGAACAAGAAACCGUUCCCGUACAUGCAAAGGUCCAUAUUAUAAAGGAAAAGAAUGCGAUGGACCAAAGGAUGAAACCGAGUCUUGUAACGCCUUUUCCUGUCCAGUUGAUGGCUCGUGGAAGACCUGGAAUGGAUGGGAGAGUUGUUCGGUAACUUGUGGUGGCGGUAUACAGAAUCGCACUCGAGAAUGCAAUUUGCCUCUGCACGGUGGAGAAACGUGUAUAGGACACUCAGAGGAAUCGAGAAAAUGUAACGAACACCCGUGCCCAGUGGAUGGAGUGUGGACUGCAUGGGCCGAUUGGUCGGAUUGUUCUGUAACGUGUGCAAACGGCACCCAGUGGCGGAACAGAACUUGUGUGGGUCCGCUGUACGGGGGCAUGAAUUGCACAGGAGACGAAACGCAGGAGAAGAUAUGUGUGGCCGCAUCAUGUCCAGUUAAUGGUGUAUGGAAACCAUGGUCUGAAUGGGACUCUUGCAACGUUACCUGUGGAGGAGGGGAGAAGGCGAGGAGGAGAGAAUGCAAUGGUCCAUUCUUUGACGGAGAUCCUUGUGAAGGCCCCACAGAAGAACGCCUUACCUGCAACACUUUCAAUUGUCCAAUUGAUGGUGUUUGGGAGGCUUGGACCACGUGGACAUCGUGUAGUCGUCCCUGUGGUACUGGGGAGCAAGUCCGCUCCCGUAACUGUGUGGGCCCUUUUUAUAAUGGAAGCGACUGUCUGGGGGAUUGGAACCAAACUAAAACCUGCAACACUCACUCUUGUGCAGUCGAUGGUUACUGGCACGAAUGGUCAAAAUGGACCUCCUGUAACGUCUCGUGCGGUGGAGGAUCCAUCUGGCGCAGACGACGCUGUGAACAACCCUUGUUUGGAGGAGAAAACUGUACAGGACCGUCUGUAGAAUUACAAGAUUGCAACACCUUUCCAUGUCCAGUUGAUGGGGUGUUUACGGCUUGGGGCAACUGGUCAGCGUGUAGCUUGACUUGUGGGAAUGGUACUCAGUCCAGAAAUAGGUCAUGCGAGGGCCCAUACUUUGGAGGAAAGAAUUGUACCGGAGAUUGGGGUCAGACAAAAGACUGUAACACAUUUCCAUGCCCCGUCGAUGGGUUUUGGUCAAACUGGUCAAAUUGGUCAGAUUGCUCAAAAUCGUGCGGACGAGGCUUUAUGUAUCGCACACGCGUUUGCGAGGAUCCGAAAUACGGGGGCUCAGAGUGUGUUGGCGUUUCCAAUGAAACAAUGCCAUGCAAUCCGUCUAGCUGCCCUGUGGACGGAAUGUGGAACACCUGGCAAGCAUGGUCAGACUGCUUCGGUACCUGUGGGGUUGGUGUCCAGUACAGAAACCGUACCUGUGAUGGACCAUAUAAUGGCGGAAAUAACUGUACAGGACCGGAAAACGAAAACCAAGAAUGCUUCACUAAAGAAUGUCCAGUGGAUGGACUUUUCACUGAAUGGUUAACUUGGAGCCACUGCUCUGUUUCGUGUGGUGGGUCAUUGAGAAACAGAACUCGGAGCUGCAUUGGUCCGUUCUUUGGUGGUAAAGACUGUGACGGUCCUAGAAAUGAUAGUGAGGUGUGUGGGGACACACCGUGUCCAGUUGAUGGCGAAUGGAGUUUGUGGUCUUCAUGGGGUGGCUGUUCAGAGACUUGUGGUAAAGGACAAACACAACGAUAUCGUUACUGCACACAAAACAAAUUUGGAGGGAGGAACUGCUCCGGAGGUUCCCUUCAACAUCAAGACUGCAAUGAUUUCCCGUGUCCAAUCGAUGGCGUUUUUAACCCUUGGUCAAACUGGACGGAGUGUAGCAAGACUUGCGGUACAGGGAUUCAGUCCAGAAAUCGAACGUGCGAUGGUCCAUAUCAUAACGGCAAAGAAUGCAUGGGGAACUAUUCUGACUCUCAAGAAUGCAAUACACAUCAUUGCCCUGUGGACGGUGUUUUCAUGGAAUGGUCGACUUGGACAGACUGCUCAUUGUCCUGUGGAUCAGGAAAGCAGAGCAGAUCCCGUAUAUGUGUCGGACCUUUCUAUGGCGGAAGUGGAUGCGACGGCUCUUUUCAAGACAACAGAACCUGCAACGAUCACCAUUGUCCAGUUGAUGGAGUUUGGGAUGACUGGGGUCCCUGGAAGGACUGUGAUGUCACAUGCGGUGGUGGAAAUCAGACACGUGAACGCACGUGCAUAGGGCCAUUUUAUGGUGGUGCCCCAUGCAACGGUUCUUGGAAUGAUACACAAGAGUGCAACACGUUCCCAUGUCCCGUGGAUGGCCUCUGGCUCUCAUGGGGUGGCUGGGGCACAUGUAACGUAACAUGCGGGGGCGGAACACGCUUACGUAACCGAACCUGUGAUGGGCCUUAUUUUGGCGGGAAAUCAUGCGAGGGUGAAGAUGAGGAUUCGAGCAGUUGCAACGAUUUCCCAUGUCCAUUUGACGGGGUCUGGAACCCAUGGUCUAUCUGGGAUAACUGCAGUGAGAGUUGUGGCGGUGGAAACCAGUCUCGCUAUCGUACGUGUGAUGGGCCGUAUUAUGGUGGAAUGAACUGUUCCGGGAAUGACACCGAGGCCAGGGACUGCAAUACACACCACUGCCCAGUGGAUGGAGUGUUCGGUAACUGGUCUCAGUGGUACGACUGUAGUGUGACCUGUGGCGCCGGGGUCCAGUGGCGGAAUAGGUCCUGCAUCGGGCCCUUCUACGGAGGAAAGGACUGUUCCGGCGCCUUUGAAGAAUCUUCCACCUGCAAUACGCAUCCGUGUCCAAUUGACGGAAAAUGGAAAUCUUGGGGGGAGUGGGACACCUGCAAUGUAACUUGUGGAGGGGGGAUUCAGAAAAGAGUCCGGGACUGUGACGGUCCAUUCCACGGAGGGAACAACUGUACAGGUCCAGAGGACAGUUAUCAGGAAUGUAACACACAACCUUGCCCAGUUGAUGGAGUAUGGAAGGAUUGGGCUGGCUGGGGAGAAUGUAGUUUGUCGUGUGGCGGAGGAAUACAGACACGCUUCAGAGACUGUAACGGUCCAUUUCACGGCGGAGCAAACUGCACCGGUCCCGAUGAGAGCUCUCAAGCGUGCAAUACGCAACCGUGUCCUGUGGAUGGAGAGUUCACGGAUUGGACAGAUUGGGGCAAGUGUGACGUCACAUGCGGGGGAGGGUCACAGCUUAGAAGUCGUGCUUGUAAUGGUCCUUUCCAUGGUGGUCAGAACUGUUCUGGCGCCUGGGAAGAGACCCAGACAUGCAACUCACAAAAUUGCCCAGAGGACGGAGUGUGGAUGACUUGGUCCCUGUGGGGAGACUGUACGGUGACGUGCGGGGGCGGGCUGCAGUACAGAAAUAGGUCAUGUGACGGCCCUAGAUAUGGAGGGGCAGAGUGCGCGGGGGCGGGCGAGGAACAACGGGACUGCGGGAAGAACCCAUGCCCUAUUCCUGGAGACUGGAUGUCAUGGUCAGGUUGGUCGAGAUGCAGCGCCACCUGUGGAACAGGUGUAAGAUGGCGGACCCGAGAUUGUAACGAGACUUCGUAUGGAGAUUUGACGGCGCCUUGCGAAGGAACGAGCAAUGGCACGGAGGAUUGCAACACGUUCCCUUGUAGACCAUACGCUGCCACAUGCAGUAAUUUACGAGAUAUGGGGAUGGUAGAUAGCGGUAUGGUUCAACUAAAACCUGAACGGAGGGACUUGUACUCGGAAAAGCCGGAACUAGAGCCAGUAUGGCUGUAUUGUGAUAUGGAAUCUGAAGGCGGGAUAGGGGUAACGGUAGUAGGCCAUGACAAAGAAUCGCGCACUAAUGUAAAUGGAUACGAAGGGGCCGGAAGUUACCUUGCAAAAGUGACGUAUGAAGUCUCAACUGAUCACGUCAUUGCCAUCAUUGAUCAAUCAAAAUUCUGUAAGCAGUUCCUGAGAUGGGAAUGUAAAGGCGCGGUCAUUCAUAACCCUCAUCAAAAGGAUUCUUGGACGACUUUUUGGACAAAUCGCAGUAGCGAGUUCAAUCAGUACAACACUCCUGCGACUUACUUUCCCGGAGCAAAGCCGGGAAGUGGUAACUGCGCAUGCGGUGACACAGGAACAUGCACAAACAAAUCAUUGUCUUGUAACUGUGACAGCAACGACUUUGAAUGGCGCUCCGACGAAGGCUUUGUCACGUACAAAGACGACCUGCCAAUUCUUGCUUUUCGCGCUGGAGAUACAGGGAAUGAACCCGUGGAACAGGGGGCGCAUACAAUAGGGCGUGUUUAUUGCCAAGGAGUGGCGUAGGAGAUAUCAACUGCAACAGCUUUUUGCGCGCUUUAUUUUUCUCUCACCUUUUUUAUCAAAAUAUAUUCAUCAUUUCUGCAAAAACUAUAUUAAAAAAAUAAGUCAAGCGCCUUUUUGAAUUAGAUUUUUUUUUAAACGUUUUGACAACUGUCUGUUUGCUAUGAUACAGGUGAUCAGGAAGGCGGAGAACAGGGGUAUCAUACUAUCGGCGCACUUCAGUGCUUUGGGGUGUGAAUGUAAGGUGUACUGUUCUGUACGUCGCCUCUGGCUUUCAGAUAGACAACAUAGUGAUGCUUCCGCUUGAGUCUAGUAUUUCGUGUCUGUCAGUGACGUCAUUUCGUUAUGUUAAAAUUGACCAAUCACAAGCCCGGUUGUCAGAAUUGCACAAAACUGUAACACCAAAUAGCACAUAAAUUCAAAAAAGUCGUUUCAAAGAAAAUUCGUUGUAAAUAAGGCAGGUUAAUGGGACUUGGCGUAAAAUCAUAUAUUAAUCUUAAAAAACGUAUUUCUUUAAAUACACUAUUUUAAUAAUUAUAUAUAUGUUACCAGUAAUUUCAAAUAUACGUCAAGAAUCAUUACUCAAGCGGGCUUGAAGUACGUUGUUAUUUAUGUCAUAUACGUAUUCUUAUGUUUUAAACUGUUAUCAUGUUUUGUUGCCAAUAAAUGUUGCAAAGUCA